GUGAUGCUGUGAUUAGUCUUUCUGAUCUGCCUCAGUAUGUCAAGAAUACAUUUUCGAUAUUACGUUCAAUCUGUCACUUGUGAAGUCUAAUAUUCCAUUCAAAAUUGGAAUAUUUGGCAACCUUGCCAACUAACCUCACAUUCUGAGCCUCAUCUUUCUAUGCUAUGUAAACUGGACAUUAUUGAUGUUUUAAACUUAUAUUUGUGUCUCGCGAUUGUUUAGCUAAAUUUUCAAAAUGCCUUACAAGUGCUGCGUUCCUAAUUGUGUCGGUAAUUACGGGAAGGGUCCGAAGGUACACGUAUUUUCGUUUCCAUUGAACGAAAACUGUCGUAAAAGACGGCUCAAUGCAAUCCCUCGUAGUGAUUUAGUGGUUACAAAAUACACCGGAGUAUGUAAUUUGCACCUUGCUGAGGACAGCAUCAUUUGGGAAUCCAUCUUCCAUGACGGAAAGACAGGACAUAUCAAGCAGAAGAAGCCGAGAUGAGAAAUUGAGGGACAAGAAACAAGAACAACUACUUGAAG